AUGGAGCGCAGUUGCUGGGCCCCGCGGACUUUCUUCCUGGCGCUGUUGCUGGGGGCGACGCUGAGGGCGCGCGCGGCGGUGGGCUAUUACCCCCGCUUCUCGCCCUUCUUUUUCCUGUGCACCCACCACGGGGAGCUGGAAGGGGAUGGGGAGCAGGGCGAGGUGCUCAUUUCCCUGCACAUUGCAGGCAACCCCACCUACUACGUACCGGGACAAGAAUACCAUGUGACAAUUUCAACAAGCACCUUCUUUGACGGCUUGCUGGUGACAGGACUAUACACAUCUACAAGUGUUCAGGCUUCACAGAGCAUUGGAGGUUCUAAUGCUUUUGGAUUUGGGAUCAUGUCUGACCACCAGUUUGGUAAUCAGUUUAUGUGCAGUGUGGUGGCCUCUCAUGUGAGUCAUCUGCCUACAACCAACCUCAGCUUCGUCUGGAUCGCUCCACCUGCUGGCACCGGCUGUGUGAAUUUCAUGGCUACGGCGACACACAGGGGCCAGAUUAUUUUCAAAGAUGCUUUAGCCCAGCAGCUGUGUGAACAAGGAGCUCCAACAGAAGCCACGAUGCACCCACAUCUAGCUGAAGUACAUAGCGACAGCAUUAUCCUACGAGAUGACUUUGACUCCUACCAUCAACUAGAGUUGAAUCCAAAUAUAUGGGUUGAAUGUAACAACUGUGAGACUGGAGAACAGUGUGGGGCAAUUAUGCAUGGCAAUGCUGUCACCUUCUGUGAGCCAUAUGGUCCGAGAGAAUUGAUUACCACCAGCCUUAAUACAACAACAGCCUCUGUCCUCCAAUUUUCCAUUGGCUCAGGUUCAUGUCGCUUUAGUUACUCAGACCCCAGCAUCAUUGUGUCGUAUGCCAAGAAUAAUACCGGAGACUGGAUUCAGCUGGAGAGAAUUAGAGCCCCUUCCAAUGUCAGCACCAUCAUACACAUCCUCUACCUUCCUGAAGACACCAAAGGGGAGAACGUCCAGUUUCAGUGGAAGCAGGAAAGUCUCCAUGUAGGCGAAGUGUAUGAAGCCUGCUGGGCCUUAGAUAACAUCCUGAUCAUCAACUCAGCUCACAGACAAGUCAUUUUAGAAGACAGUCUUGAUCCAGUAGACACGGGCAACUGGCUUUUUUUCCCAGGAGCUACAGUUAAGCAUAGCUGUCAGUCAGAUGGGAACUCCAUUUAUUUCCAUGGGAAUGAAGGCAGUGAGUUCAAUUUUGCCACCACCCGGGAUGUAGACCUUUCUACAGAGGAUAUUCAAGAGCAGUGGUCAGAAGACUUUGAAAGCCAGCCUACAGGGUGGGACAUCUUGGGAGCUGUCAUUGGUACAGAAUGUGGAACAGUAGAAUCAGGUUUAUCAAUGGUCUUCCUCAAAGAUGGAGAGAGGAAAUUAUGCACCCCAUAUAUGGAUACUACCGGUUAUGGGAACCUGAGAUUUUACUUUGUUAUGGGUAGAAUAAUCUCUGUAGAGUUACCAGAUGAUGCAAGACAGUUUGGAAUUCAGUUCAGAUGGUGGCAACCAUAUCAUUCUUCCCAGGGAGAAGACGUAUGGGCCAUUGAUGAGAUUAUCAUGACAUCUGUCCUUUUCAACAGCAUUAGCCUUGACUUUACCAAUCUUGUGGAGGUCACUCAAUCUCUGGGAUUCUACCUUGGAAAUGUUCAGCCAUACUGUGGCCACGACUGGACACUUUGCAAAGUGCCAGUGAGCUCCCAGAUGAUUGAAUCUAUGAUUCUUCCGUCUUUUGGAAAGGCUGGGAAAAGACAGCUGGUGAGCUGGGAUCUGGAUACUUCUUGGGUGGACUUUGUCCAGUUCUACAUCCAGAUUGGUGGAGAGAGCGCUGCGUGCAACAAGCCGGACAGCAGAGAGGAGGGCGUCCUCCUCCAGUACAGCAACAAUGGGGGCAUCCAGUGGCACCUGCUGGCAGAGAUGUACUUCUCAGACUUCAGCAAACCCAG